AUGUUUCCUCUGCAUACUUCAGCCACUUUAGCUACCACUUCCCCCAACAUGUACAACCAACAUUCCAUCCCAUCUACUCCACAGCAAGACACAAAAAUGAAACCCCCAUCCAUGCCAUCAUCUACCACAUUUCCACCAGCAUUAUCACUCGCCAAUCUACAACAAGAAUGGCCGCUCCAAGAAUAUCAAGAAAAGCGUAUCAUGAAUGCAUUGUCUCAACAGCAAGUAUUGUCUCCAGUCCUUGACGAAGAGUAUUCGGACGACGAUGACACUGUGGAAGAGGAGGAUGUCGAUAGCAUAUCACCGACAGCAUCGUAUUUCUCUGAUCGUGCAUUAUUCCAACUAAAUUCUACCAUUCGUCGACAAUCUCUAUCAAAUUCCUUGAGAUGCUCGAUAUGUCAACGACGAUUUCAUUCGCAAGGCAACUUGUCUAAUCACACUCAACUUUAUCAUUGCUAA